AUGGCAGCCUCACCUCAACCCGUCUCUGAAAACCCGAUUGAUUUUCGUGCCCCACCGCCUUCUCCCAUCGCCUCAGGCCGCAGAUCAUUAGUCACAAACGAUGAAGUCCUCACCGAAUACCUCGAGCACUCCCUCCAAGUCCCUGACCUCAUUUUGCCAGACAAGUUCUUCCCUAAACAAAAUUCACUUGAAAAUCCCCCCACCAUUGAUUUGUUAGCAUUGAAUCUGGAUGAGUUUGAUGCUAGUCUUUGCAAGGUUGUGGAGUCCAUAGCAAGAAACGGGUGUUUUCAGCUGGUGAACCAUGGAAUUUCAAGUGAGCUUGUGAGCUCUGUGCAGGCUGCAGCCACCGGAAUCUUCCAGGUACCGCCGGAGAAGAGGGCGGAGAUAACCCGGUUACCGGAGAAGCCAUACGGGUUCGAGGAGGUUCAUGGUGAGGAGGUUGGCAGUGAACUGAGUGAAGAGUUUGUUUGGUGUAGAGACCAAGGUUUGAAGUUGACAAUGGAGAGACUUGCACCAAUUGGAUAUUCAAAUUUCAGUGAGAAACUGGAGACCCUAAUGACAGAUAUUGAGAAGGUUUCUGGGAAAAUCCUACCAAGCUUAUGGAAAAAUUCUCAAACAAAAUUUGUUUAUGGAAAUGAUGAUAUGGUGCAAGGGAAAGAACUUGGGACAGUCUGUUGCCUGUACAAGCACAGCCAAAAUGUUUUAGAAGAUGAAUGGGACAGCUCUUUAAGAUAUGAUGUGAUUAAGAUGUUGAUUAGAGGAACUGAUUAUUCUCAUGCCUUGUGUUUGCAUCUUUGUGAUGGUUCUUCAGAGUUCCAUGUUUACUCCAAGAAAGGUUGGGUUUCUUUUACCCCAGACAAAAAUGCUCUAGUAGUCACCACUGGGGAUCAAAUACAGGCAUGGAGUGGUGGCCAGUACAAGCAUGUGAUAGGAAGGCCAAUCUUUAAAGGUGAGGAGGACUGCAUCUCAAUGGCUUUUCUCUAUUCUCCUCCAACCUUUAUUUCAAACUCCCAAAGCAACAAGGAAAAGACUAUAUCACUUGAGGGUAUCGACUUUGGUACCUUGUUAAGAAUCUAUGAAGCAAGCAACAAGGAAGAAUGCCUUUAUAAAAGUGAAAACUUUGAGACAAUCCAAGAGAGCUUCGAGGUGCACGUGAAGGCUCAAAGGAGUCUGUGCCUACCAGUCUGCUCGGCCGUGAAACCGUCGAGCCUUGACUGCUUUCAAUUGGCCACUGGAUCAAAGAGCCGAAGACAUCGUAGCAGCAGUGAACCCAGACUUCUUUCAAAACCUCCCUUGGGAGUUGAGUUGAGACUUACACACAAAAACCCAGAGAAAAAGGUGACUGGCAUCACUCUCAUCUCACUCUCAUUUUACAUCAUAUUGGAAUUUAAAAUCUCCAAUUCGACAGAGAUGGACAUGGAACUUUUUCGUACAAGAAAAAGAGAACCAAUGAAUUCUCUAUCUGUAUUCACUCAUUCUGAGAUUAUGGAAAUGGAAAAUUUAAUUAAGCACCCCCAACAACAGUCGCUUAGUCAGAAGUUUUUCCAAGAUCUUGCAACGAGUUUCAGUUGCACUCCAAUCCGUGCUGGAAAACCUGAUAUAACUUGGGAACAGGUUCAAAGUUGGUUCCAGAACAAACAAAAAGAGUUGCAAGCCAACAGCAAUUCCUCACCUACUGCGCUCGAGUUAUUUGUUGAUCUUUCAGAUUCAAAUGUUUCAAGCAAUGCAACUGAAAACUCUCAGAAGCCAAAAGGUAAAUGGAUCACAGAACUCCACGAGUUAGCAUUUGAAGCACGAUCAGCAAAAGACGAUGCAUGGUAUGAUGUUGCUUCAUUCCUCUCUUACAGAGUUGUUAAUUCAGGAGAACUUGAAGUUCGGGUGCGAUAUUCUGGCUUCGGUAGGGAGGAUGAUGAGUGGGUGAAUGUGACAAGAGCAGUGCGUGAGCGGUCUAUUCCUUUAGAAGCCUCUGAGUGUCAUAAGGUGAAGGUUGGGGACCUAGUGCUAAGCUUCCAGGAAAGGGAACAUCAAGCUGUCUACUGUGAUGCCCAUGUUGUGGAUAUCCAAAGGGGGCUACACGACGUAACAGGCUGCAAGUGCAUCUUUGUUGUUCGAUUUGACCAUGAUAACACCGAGGAAGAAAUUCAGCUGGGGAGGUUAUGUAUCAGGCCUGCACAAAACACUUCAGCUGUUACUAAUACCCAGCAACACGACCUAUUUAGAAAUAAAGACAUGAAAUUCUCUUUUCUUUAUUGA